UACGCCCUUGACUCAUGUCAGAGGGCAAUCAAAGGCAACUUCUGACCUGGGUUUCUUUUUCAUUUCCAGGGCCACAGGAAACAUGGGCAUCUGGACUUCAGGCGCCACUAUCUUCCUAAGUGUCUGGGAGCUUUAUGUGUCUCCAAAAAGCCCUGGAUGGAAGGACUUUCUCCAGCAUUUGGGAGUUUGCUCUAUUGUGGCUCUCAUUUUAAUGGGCCUCCUUUCCGUGGCCUUCUUGUGGAUUCUGUCAUCCAUAACAGUGUUUGCCACCUGCUGGAUCCUCAUGUGUGUUCUGCUGGUCAGCUCCAAGCAUGCAAGGUGUUUCGUCCUGCUUGUCUUUCUCUCAUGUGGCCUGCGGGAAGGCAGAAACGCUUUGAUUGCAGCUGGCACAGGGAUAGUGAUCUUUGGACACGUGCAAAAUAUUUUUCACAACUUUAAAGGUCUCCUAGACAGUAUGACUUGUAACCUGAGGGCAAAGAGCUUCUCUAUACAUUUUCCCUUUCUGAAAAACUAUAUCGAAGCCAUUGAAUGGAUUUAUGGCCUUGCACCUUCGCUAAAUCUGUUUGAUGACCUUUUUUCUUGGAACCAGACCCUGGAAAUCUCUCUUUAUGGCACCAGCUCUGCCCUCGAGGCCCACCUAAAUGACACCAAAGGGCAAGUACUGAGUGUCUGGUACCAGGUGAUGACCAUAACUGAGGCUUUGUCCUCCCUAGGUCAGAAGCUACUUUGCUUUGCAGGGCUUUUGUUGGUGUUACUUGGCACUGGCCUCUUUCUGAGACGGUUUUUGGGCCCUUGUGGUUGUAAAUUUGAGAACAUCUACAUUACCAGGCAAUUCAUCCAGUUUGAUGAGAGAGAGAGACAGGAAGAGAGGCCCUGUGUCCUCCCGCUGAAUAAGAAGGAGGGGAAGAAGUAUAUUGUCAUCCCAUCUUUCUGGCUGACGCCUCGAGAAAGGAGCAACCUGGGGCUCUUUCUCCUCCCCGUACUCACUCAUCUUUCCAGCUGGGUGCUGUUUGCAGCCACAGAUUACCUGCUGUAUCGACUCCUCUGCUCAGUGAACACACAAUUCCAAGGCUUGCCGGUGCUUGAGGUUCACCUGAGGCUGCACGGAGAGAAGCAAGGAACUCAAGGCAUCAUCCACAGCUCUUCCUUUAAUAUAUCUGUGUUUGAACCCAGCUGCAUCCCUAAACCAAAACUCCUGUUGUUGAAGACAUGGGCUCCACUAGGAAUGAUUCUGGUGACAUUACUGCUGCUGGGACUGUCCUCCUCCUUUCUAAUGCAGCUUAAAAUCCUUGUGUCCACAUCCUUCUACCCCAGCGUGGAGAGAGCACGCAUCCAAUACCUACACGCAAAACUUCUUCGGAAAAGAUCAAAGCAGCCCCUGGGAGAAGUCAAAAGGAAUUUGAGUGGAUACCUUACAAAGGUACAUUUUUGGCUUCCAGUAUUGAAAAUUAUUGGGAAGAAACAAGAGAUCACAGAAAGUGAAGACAACCCAUGAGCCACUCCAAGGAGCUCCUUAUCCCACACCCCAAUUGAUUCUCCUCCCAUCCUCUGGUGGGGAGCACCAUCUAUAUCUAGAGAAUGGUAUUUCAGGCUUGUGCCUAUCAGGGGCCCGACUUGAUUCUGUCACCUUACAAAUGCAUGGCUUUCCUUCCAACUACUUUGGUUCUGAAAGCCAAGAAUCUUGCUGGUAAAGGCUUGUGUGAUCUGGGCUGUGCCAUAGUGCAACAGGACAAUAGCUGAAUCUGCUUGGGGAUAAAUUUAGCACAGAGUAAUAAUUAAAAGAAAAAAUAGAAACCUGAAAUAUCUAUAGUAGUAUCAUGAGCAAAUGCCAAGAACACAAACCACAGAAAUCAGCAAAAUAUGUUUCAACUUCCCUGCCCCCGCUGUUUCCCAGCCCCACCAUUGUCCCUCUUCCUCUGCUCUUUUCCUUAUUCGAAAAUUCUUCCUGAAGCCCAUUUCCAGC